GGCAUUAACUACCAUACCAUUUGCGCACAAAAAAACGGAUCUCUCCUACCGAGAGAAAUUUCGGAGAAACUACAGAUUCAGAAAUCAGAAUUUCUAGAGAACGGAGGGAGGAGGGUGAGGAGAAAGAGUAGUUAUGGAAGGGAAGCUGAUAGAGAGACUGGAAGCGGCGGUAACGCGGCUGGAGGCGCUAUCGAGCCCAGCAGGAGUACUCUCGAGGGAGUUUCCGGUAGAUAUUGGUGGUGACGCGGUGAAGGAUCCGUCGAUUUUGGCAUUUGAUGAUUUGAUCUCUCAGUAUGUGGAUGUCGUUUUGGUUGCUGCGGAGAAGAUUGGAGGUCAGGUGCUGGAUGUGACUAAGAUUAUUGCUGAGGCGUUUUCUGUGCAAAGAGAGCUUCUAAUUAAGAUCAAGCAAACUCAGAAACCUGACAUGGCAGGCUUGGGUGAAUUCCUUAAACCAUUUAAUGAGGUGAUUAUGAAAGCUCAUAGAAUGACAGAAGGAAGGCGAUCUGACUUUUUCAACCACUUGAAGACUGCUACAGACAGUCUGACAGCUUUAGCAUGGAUUGCAUAUACUGGCAAAGAUUGUGGAAUGAGCAUGCCCAUUGCACAUGUUGAAGAAAGUUGGCAAAUGGCUGAAUUUUACAGCAACAAGGUUCUUGUAGAGUAUAAAAACAAAGAUCCAAAUCAUGUAGAGUGGGCAAAAGCUAUGAAGGAGCUAUAUUUGCCUGGUUUGCGGGAUUAUGUCAAAAGCCAUUACCCUCUAGGUCCAGUGUGGAAUGCUAGUGGCAAAAAAGUAUCUCCUGCUCCCGCAAAAGCUCCAACACCAGGUGCACCUGCUCCUCCACCUCCUCCACCAGCAUCUAUCUUGACCUCUGAAUCUUCUCAGCCUUCCUCAUCACGUCCAAAGGAUGGUAUGGCUGCUGUUUUCCAAGACAUCAGCUCAGGGAACAUCACUGCUGGUCUUAGGAAGGUGACAGCUGAUAUGAAGACGAAGAACCGGACAGACAGAACUGGUAUUGUUCCAGUCACUGAAAAGGAAACUCCUGCUAGUUCGUCUUAUUCUGUCUCCAAAAUAGGUCCGCCAAAACUAGAGCUUCAUAUGGGUCGCAAGUGGGUUGUUGAGAACCAAAUUGGAAAAAAGGACUUAGUUAUUGAUAAUUGUGAUUCAAAGCAGACAGUAUAUAUUUAUGGGUGCAAAGAUUCUGUUUUGCAGAUUCAAGGAAAAGUGAACAAUAUAACUGUGGACAAAUGCACUAAGAUAGGAGUUGUAUUCAAGGAUCUUGUUGCUGCAUGUGAGAUAGUAAAUUGCAAUUCUGUUGAGGUGCAAUGUCAGGGUUCGGCUCCAACAAUUUCAGUGGACAACACAGCUGGCUGUCAAUUAUAUUUAAGCAAAGAAUCUUUGGGGACAUCUAUAACAACAGCAAAGGCAACCGAGAUUAAUGUUUUAGUUCCUGGUGAUGAUACUGAUGGUGAUUGGAUUGAGCAUGCUUUGCCACAACAGUUCCUCAACGAAUUCAAGGAUGGCCGGUUCGAAACUACCCCAGUUUCCCACUCAGGAGGGUAACUGAGACUUGUUCUAAUCAAAAGUUUUGCUUCCUGUUUUCAUUCAUUUAUUAUUUACUUGACAGUUGCAGGGUGAUUUUGAUUUCUUUUAUACCCUCUAUUCAAUUGCUGUCUAUGUCUCUGUGCUGACUGGUGCAUUAGUCAUAUAAAUGCCAUGAUCUGGUCUUCUCCAACGGUUUACCACCGUCCAAACAUCCUCAUGACUUUAUUUAUUUAUUUAUCAUGUUUGUUACCAGUUGAGUGUUUUUUGUCGUGAGCUUUAGCCUUUUGCUGUCCCCAUCUGCUUAUAACUGGAACCUAUCUUUUGUAAUGAUUUUCUUUCGGAAAUGUUAUUUAUAUAUCUGUGUAUUUUCUGCUAUUCUGGAGAUAUGUUAUUCUAAAGUUGAAUCUCGUUUGAUUCUGGGUGUUGGUUGUUGUAGUUGGAAAUUUGGAAUAGUAAUAAAUUUGAUUGGAUAUAGAUGUCUGAAAACAAGAAGAAUCAAAGCAAAGAGUCAUUCUUCUUAAACCUUGAAGCCUAGACAAGUCCUUGUCCCAAUGUGAAUAUGUGAUUCAACUCACAACUACUCUUUUGAAUUAGCAUCCAGCAAUGUAUACGUUGCAGGGUUCAUGCCUCUGCUUUCUGAAGCAUGUUUUAUUAGUUAGACUUAGACAUACACGGUCCAAGUUCUUAGUAGCCAAGUCAAGUCUUUGUCAUCUAAGAGAAGAAUCCUGGAUGGUAGGGUGGGGUCUCAUAAAAAAUGGGGAACAGAGCAGAAUUCAUUCGCCGUUGUGAACAUGGCUGAAAUGUAGCUAUAACUUUUUUAGCUGUGCUUUCCAUUGAUAAUCACAUGGCAAAGGGACCCCCACUGACAAUCAUUUAUAUGUCUUUUUUCCCGAAUUGAAUUUUGUAGUACUAAUGUCACCAUGAUAGCUAGUUUUGUGGUCCAUAGAUUUAUUACGACCAAUAAUAUGCUGAGGCAUUG